UAACAGUAAAAAAAUAGAAAAAGGAUGCCGGAGAGGGAAGGUAGAGUUGUGCAGAAAAUAAACGUCCUAAUCUUUCUCUCUCUCGCUCUCUCUGUUCAUGAGUCAUGGCGACCAAGCCGCCUCAGUUCGAUCUCUGGCUUCCGCGUUAAGAAUCCUUAAGCGGACUAUGCUAUGGAAGACUAAUCCACUAGUUUACUAGUACACUUGCUGUCCUUCUUUCUCUAUCUCAAGCGAUUUACGACUAGUAUGGGUUUGUUUGACACCGAUCGAUCUUCUUGAACGCUGUCCAUUCGACAAAUUUCGGUCGGUUUCCAAUCGCUUGCAGUUUUUGGCGAGGUUCAAAGUGCCGAUCUCCAUCUGUUUCCCUCUCCCUGCUCGCCUGACCUCCGAUGUGGGAGUAAGGAGGAGGAGGAGGAGGGGGAGGCUGAAGAGGAAGGUGGAGAGCAGAGAGCGGAUGCUAUUCGACAAGGCGGCGAGAUGUACGUGCGGGAGUGGUGGAGUGGUGAAUCUGCAGAUGAUGAGCUCGAUCGUGAAGGAGAUUCGGGAGCCAUGCCUUUAUCACUCCCCAACUAGGAGAAACAAGAUGCUCAAUCCAGAAAAGUGGCAGGCAGUUUUUGAUGGUGACGGGAAGCUUCCAGGCUUCCGGAAAGCUCUUAAACUGAUCAUACUAGGCGGUGUGGAUCCUUCCAUAAGAGCUGAAGUGUGGGAGUUUCUUCUUGGGUGCUAUGCUUUAAGCAGCACUGCAGAUUACAGGAGGCGGCUAAGAAUGGCUCGAAGAGAACGUUAUGAUGAUUUGAUCAGGCAAUGCCAAACCAUGCAUUCUAGCAUUGGUACUGGAACCCUUGCUUAUGCUGUUGGAUCCAAAGUGAUGGAUAUGAGGACUUCAUCCAAAUGUAAUGACUCAAAGGAAGCAAUGAGAACAUUUGGUCGAAAUUCUCAGGAUACUACUGAUACAAUAGAGACAUACUCUGCUUUGAAUAAUGGCUAUAUGGAUUCAUCAUAUCAACAUCAAAAACAGAAAUCUAGCAAUUCAGUUGAGUUAUACAGUGCAAGGAUGAGCUCUAGUAGUGCUGCCUGUGAUUCUGCCAGCACUGCACCACCUUCUUUGGAGUAUAACUUGUCAGAAAAGCCUGAAACUGAGUUGCAUGAACUCCAAUGUGCAUCUGAGAGCUUUUAUGAUUUUCCGUCUCUUCCUGUUACAAAUUUAUUCGAAAAGAAUGGCACAGAUGACAAUAGAAGCAAGUUUUAUGAUGACAAUUUAUCUGUCUCUAAACGCACAACCAGAUUUCGGGAUGAGCGCAUGCAUAGUUUUCAAAUUAAUAAUAAUGUGGAUCUUAUAAUUGAAUCAAAUGAUCCUACUAAUGGUCUAUCCAGAGCAAACAGCCAUGGAACUGAGUUUUUUAGUACAUAUAUUAAAGAAAAAGACAGAACACAAAAUGAGAAUGGAUACAAAAAUGAGACAGUUAGCAAACUAUGGACUUUAGAUACUCCGGGGGAAGCUAUGGAGGCAGCAACCACAUCAAUUGGAUCAGUUUUUCAUGAUGAAAAAGUUUCUGAGUGGUUGUGGAUUCUCCAUCGCAUUGUUGUUGAUGUAGUUAGAACAGAUAGUCAACUUGAAUUCUAUGGAGAUUCAAAAAAUAUGGCUAGAAUGUCAGAUAUUCUUGCUGUUUAUGCCUGGAUUGAUCCGGCCACAGGAUACUGUCAAGGUAUGAGCGAUUUGCUCUCUCCUUUUGUUGUGCUGUACGAGGAUAAUGCCGAUGCCUUGUGGUGCUUUGAGAUGCUUCUAAGGAGAAUGCGUGAAAAUUUCCAGAUUGAAGGACCCACUGGAGUAAUGAAACAAUUGCAAGCUUUAUGGAAAAUAUUGGGAAGGACAGAUGCUGUAUUGUUUGAACAUCUGACUGUGAUAGGAGCUGAAAGCCUUCAUUUUGCUUUUCGGAUGUUACUGGUGCAUUUUCGUCGGGAGCUGUCCUUCACUGAAGCUCUAUUCAUGUGGGAGAUGAUGUGGGCUGCUGAUUUUGAUGAAGCCAUUUUGCAUAGGUUAGAAGAAAAGUGCUUAGAACCUUUGCUAGUACGUGUUUCUUGCUCAGAGAACGGAGAAGAAAAUGCUCAUAAUGGUAAAAGAAAAUUUAAACGAUUGCAUUCUCGUUUUAGACAUGAAACAUGGGAAUCUGAUAGCAACGAACUGAGAUCCUCGUUGAGCCAUCCCUUUUGUGGCCUCACCAAAGCUAAUUUCUGGGCAAGGCAUGAUCAACUUCAAGCUUGUGAUGGUGAACCAAUAGGAAAUGAGGAUGAUGAACUGUCUGUCUUCUGUGUAGCUGCCAUUCUUAUUAUUAAUCGCCAAAAGAUUUUGAGAGAAACUCAUUCAAUUGAUGAUGUUAUCAAGAUGUUCAAUGAUAAUGUGUUGAAAAUAAAUGUUAAAAGGUGCAUUCGUAUGGCAAUCAAGCUACGAAAGAAGUAUUUUAACAAGUUAUACAAACAAAUGAGCGCAUCAAAUUUUGAGCUACAAUGAGACCAGGGCUUCUUUAAUUAUUGGCUGUCAAGAGGAACGCUUUACUUUCCUAAUUAUUGGAUUGGGAAGUGCCAUCUAAUUGCUCUAGGGUUGGCCAUGCAAUUUCUUAUUAUUUGUACUGGGAACUGAUAAUGAAGCAUGUCGCCUCUCACUCCAGUGCUGUUUACUCACUCCACUCGUGGCAAGCUCGUUAUUGCUGGCCUUUACAAUUCUGCGAACUUGCCAAUUUUCCAAAUUUCCACUGAUACGGGGCUGAUCAUCCAAAUUACAAUAUUUACUUGAAGGCGCUUAGUUUACUAAAAACCAAAAGAGGAAACUCAUCCAAAUGCGGGUAAGACUCUUGCCCUUUUAGUAAGAGUCGAAACAACCUAAAAUCCUGUUUAUUAUUAUUAUUAUCAUUUUAUUUCAUACCUGUCAUAUACUUUAGAGUCAAUUAUUGCUGUAGGCCUGCGUGUGUAAACUCCAUGAGUGAACUCCAUUAUUCUCUUGUUGCUCUGCACAACUGAAAGCCUCAUGUAAUUAGUCUUCUAUUCAUUUUAUAAGCUUUCAAGAGGAAGGCUUCUCUUUUUGAUCA